UUAAAUACAUAUUAAUAUUAUAAAUCCCGUUUACACGUGCUCUAAUCAGAGUGAGUGUGACGUUUUGUAACUUCCUGUUUGGACCUGACGGAAUCUCUGCACCUGAAGCGAAAACACCUGUGGUGUGAGCCUGUUUGAGACAACCAUUAUAUGAAAGCAGACACAUCAAAUGAUGGCUGAAGUGAAAAGGCGAAGGAGAAAGCCCAAGCCAAUGGAGGAGGCCGUACAGUUUUCACUUCUACAGAAAGACAAAAAUGGGCUUGAUGGCAGAUUCAUCAGUGAUUUUAAAGGCAGAGGUGUGUUCAGCUGUACUGAGUUUGAUAAAGGAGACUUCCUGCUGGAAUACAGAGGCGACCUCAUAAGCAAAGAAGAAUAUGAGCGGAGGCAAAGGAUAUAUCAUGAUGCACUUAAAGUUUUCAUGUUUGAGUUUCGCUACAACGGAAAACUCCUCUGUGUCGAUGCAGCCCGAGAUGACGGUUCUCUUGGGCGACUUGUAAACGAUGACCAUAUUAACCCAAACAGCAGGAUUAGGACUAUAUCUGUGGAUGGAAAACCUCACUUAUGCUUAUUUGCAACAAGGAGCAUCUCUCCUGGUGAAGAGAUCACAUACGAUUACGGUGAUUCUGAGUGGCCAUGGCGAUGCACGGCUCGUAGUGAGGUUGAACCAUCCACUCACACUCUGUCCCAGUCAGAAGUCAGAGACCUAGAGAAGGUGGCUCCAAAGAAGGACCAGUUACCAUUGGAUCAGGACUGUGUUGAGAAGAUGUCACUUGUCAAAGAGCAUGUGUUAAAUGAGGAGCAGAGCUUUUGUGCCCCUGCUGAAGGAGUUAAGGAGGUCUGCAAACAUGUUGUGGUCACUUCAGCAAUCUCAAGCAUGGACAAAUGUGCUGAAUGUGUGGGACCUGUAGCAGCACUCAAAUGGAUUGGCCUGAGAUGCAAAUGUUAGUAUGGUGUCGUCUUGUUCUAUAUGCAGCAUGAUGUGUCUUAACAAUUCAUUUUAGUAUCACUAAUUUAUGUUAUGAAUUCAGCUCAAAGUUGUAUAACUGGGUCAAAGACGAGACGUCACCAUUUUUGUGUCCGCAUCAAAUUAAAUUUACAAAAGUGAUUUUACAUACAAAAUAAACAUAUUAAAUGCAAGUAAAGUGUCUACUUUCAUUUUUCAAAUAACUUUUGUGAAAAAACAAUGACAAAAUAUGAGUUAAAUAAUGCUCCAAAGUGUCAAAUUGUCAUUCAGCGUAAUGGUCCGGACUAUGAUUUUACUAAUACAUUUUUAAAUAAACGCAUAAAAUACCAUGUUAAAAAAAUAUUUGCUUCUUUGGCAUGUUACCAUAACUGUUGGCUGUAUUAUAUUAAAAGGACUAUGUGUUAUUUUUUUCGUUAAGUAUUGAAAUAACUAGGGGACUUUUGUCCCGAAUAUGCAGUUUGUCAGAGGUCAUUCAGUGUAACAGGAUCAGGAAGCCAUUUUGAAAUUAAAUAAACAACCAAUAGUCAUCAAGCAGUCUGUGACAUCAUCAAAAGCCCCCCUGAAGGCCGUGUGGCACUGCAGCAAGAUGCCCACAAACAAAGAGAGAGUUACUAGGCACCGGCAAAAG